AUGGCAGCCCUCGACCAUGAGACAGCUAACAUCUCGGUCCCGCCCCCUCAGUCAUCUUUCAGCGGCAGACUCAACAUGGAGAACUUCCGGUUCAAGACCGAGCCUCAGUCGCCACAAGCAGGCGGUUCCAGAAAGCGCAAAGCCGCCGUCACGGCAGACGAUAACGCCCGUGUCCCAGCCCUGCCAGACGGCUCAACAGAAGCAGAAGCAGCCACAGCCGACUCCUCCUCACCAUCAUCAACGCCCACCCCAGGAAGCACCAAGAAGCCCAAGAAGAGGAACAGGCCAAAGUCAGGGUACCAGCCCCCCGGCGUCUACGCGCACCUUCCGCCCCUCCCCGACGCCCUCGCGCCGAACCUGCUCGCCCUCUUCUGCGGCCUCAACCCGGGCGUGCGCACCGCCCAGACGGGCCACGCCUACAACCACCCCAGCAACCUGUUCUGGAAGCUGAUGUACUCGUCUGGGGUCCUUCCCGUGCGGUGCUCCGCCGAGGAGGAUCGCACCCUACCCGCGCGCUUCAGCCUGGGCCUGACCAACAUCGUGUCGCGGCCGAGCCGCAACGGCGCCGAGCUGAGCAAGGCCGAGAUGGACGCCGGGGUGGGCGACCUCGAGGCCAAGGCGGCGGUGGCGGCCCGAGGCGGUGGUGGUCGUCGGGAAGAGCAUCUGGGAGACGAGGGCGAGAACAUGGGGGUUGGGGAUGUGAGUGACGAAGAGAGGGAGGACGGGGUCGAGUACCGGGACGGCUGGAUGGGUGCGAGAGUGUUUGUCUCGAGUUCCACGAGCGGGCUUGCUGCGACGCUGAGCCCGGCUGAGAAGGAGAGGAUCUGGAGGGAGCUGGGGCGGUGGGUUGAGGCGAGGAGGGCAGGCAAGGACAUGGCACCGGGCCUUGUCGACGAUGUUUCGUGA